AUUUAGUGUCGUCCAACGCGGAGCUGCAAUAUAGUUACUGUUAGGUAUGUACUUCUCAUACAUUUUCUGCUAUGCUCUGCUCGUUGCAUUGGCCUCUUCAAAGACGUUCACUCCACCCGACAUAUUGUGGUUGGACGAAAACGAAGUCUGUAAAACAAGUUUAGUUCCGGGGAAAGCUCAUGUAUGCAAAAUAUUAGACGACUGCAAGACAGCCAUUCAGGACAUUAAGGAUAACGUAAAGUAUCCGACCAUUUGCAGUUUCAAAGGAAAAAUGCCAGUGGUGUGUUGUGCGCCGGAGACUGUGACCAGAGAAGAAAGACUAGCCAUAGACAAAGAAAUUCCGAAAAUUUUACCAGGAAUAACACUGCAUUUCGAUAGUUACAAAGAUGGAUUGGUCGAAGAUAAUCUCAUCACCUACUCUCGACCUCGUCGUCAAAUUUUAUCAUGGAACCGAUAACACACACGAAUAACACCCGAACGCAAUGCAUAUAUUUUAAUGAAUCGUAAAAAAACCACUUAACGGCGUUGUUUCGAUUCAUUUCAAACCAAAUCACAGAUGACAUUGUGCCGGCAGGUUGCUGUAUACCGUAAUAUAUACAUUAUUAUUGUCCCGAUACUCACGAGUCGUCGAGGAAAUAAAGAUGGCAAGGUACAAUUGAUAAUUAUAUACAUUACAUCGUUACGACCAUAUUAACUUUUCGCAUCACACCAUUCGACGGUUCGCAGAUUUUAUUACUAUACAAAGUACACGGAUAAGUAUAUACGACUGUGCGUCUAAUAUAUUAUUAUACGAAUAUUAGUCAUCGGCAACGUUGUGAAAACAGCUGAAUUUUCGCAUCGACAAGACAAGUAUUAUAACCUAACCUAUACCGUAUAUACUUUACUGUAUAGUGGUUCGCGUCCACCGGUUUGCAUAUUGCUGAACUACGAUUUACCUAUUUUCUAGUGUAUAUCUUUACACGCACGUAUAAAAUAUGUAAAGCGAUGUUUUGAGGUUAUAAAUUGGAAAAAAAUCUUGAGCGUUGACCACAACUCUAGAGUAUGUAGAGCCGAUACCGACGAUAUUUUGCGAUACGAUUACGCGGGAAACCGGUUAUCUAUAUCACAUGAAAAAUAUAUUAUGAACACAGUCGUAUUAUUAUAAUUUUAAACUUAAGAUAGCACCAAACAAUAAUAAUAAUAUACAAGACGUGCGCGUGGGACCGCAAAAUAUUAUUUAGUAUGUAUGUGUUAUCGUUUCGAAGUUUGUUUCGAUGACUUGUCGAUAUUUACACAUAAAGCGUGUUCAUGAUAUGUAUGGCACAAAAUGUGACCAACAAUAAAUAAUAAUACUUUAGGUGCCCUGCGAUAUUGUUUAUUUGAUAUUGCCAAGUUCGACGAUUAGGUGCGGGGCACAUUUUAUUAUUAUUUUACCGUUCCAUACGUCAUGAUGACUCCAAUCGUGUUUAUCCAAUCGUCGUGACUGAAAUCUGAAACUUAUGUAACGAUAAUACGUAUGUUAUUAUAAUGUACACUGUUCCGCCAUCCGUCUUACAGCUCCAGUCUGAUCGCCAUACUUCAAGUAUAAUUAAUUGUUAAUGUAAUAUUAUUAUGUUUAUUUUAAAGUCUGACCCUUUUUGGUUUGAUUUUGAUUUUUAAUUUUGUUUUUAUUCUGUGCUUAUAAUAAGUAUAGAAAAACUCAAAUAAUAAGAUGUAAACUUUUUAUGUAUAAAAACAGCAAUUUUUAUGAGUAUGAUCUUCUCUCGAUUUAUGUAAUCAUUUUUUUUUUAAAUUUUUUUUUUUACUUAUGUUUUUUUUUUUUACAACAAUAUGUAAAAUAUCUAGUCAUUUUUUGCUUUAUA